UGUUUGUUGACUUAAGUACACAAACAGAAUGUGUACAGGUUGGUGGGGCCAACCUGUAGCUUGUAAACUCGGGAAAUAGCGUGGCAUUCCCUAUCGCAUACUUAAAAAGGGUUGUAUUUGGAGUGUGUCUCCAAUAGUGUAAUUAGGUGCCGGAUCUCGAUGUGUGAAUCGAUCGCCUUGGCAGACCACAGCAUGGCUCCGGUUGGACUUCUUUCGCUGCUAUGCAGUUUGUUGCUGUUAAAUGACGGAUCUGCAGCCCCGGCUCCCCAGGCUCCGGACCCAGGCCUGGUAUUCCUGUCGGGCCGGGCCGCCGACAGUGUCCUUCGGAGGCAGCGACGCCACAACUCGGGGAUAUUCGAGGAGUUCAUGGAAGGAGACCUGGAGAGGGAGUGUGUGGAGGAGCGAUGUGUCCUGGAGGAGGCCAGGGAGGUGUUUGAGGACGACCUCAAGACGAUGGAGUUUUGGGCUGGGUAUAUUGACGGCGACCAGUGCAGCCCGGAGCCGUGUCAGAACCUGGGUGUGUGUAAAGACCUCCUGGGCUCCUUCACCUGUACCUGCCCCCCUAACUUCACCGGCAGCCAUUGUGAGAUCGCCACACGCAAAAGGUGUGACGUAAACAACGGCGACUGCUGGCACUUCUGUGAGUCAGCUGGAGACGCUGGCACCAGAUGCUCCUGCGCCGAUGGGUUCAAGCUCUCUGAGGACGGACUGGACUGUUUACCAGAAGGCGACUACCCCUGCGGCCGGGACGUGAUGACGGUGAUCAGCGACAUGUCGAGGCGGUCUCUCUCGCUGCUGAACGCCACCCUGACGCAGAACCAGACCACCACCAACACCACCACCACCACAGGCAGCAGCGCUGCCCCCGACACCCCCUCCGCAGCCCCGUCUGCGUCCGCACGGCCCACCGGCAGCGCCGACAGCGCCCCCAUGCUGACCCGCUCCAGGAGGGGACCUGGGGCGUUCUGGGCGGACCUGGAGGAGCACGAGGACUCCAAGCGCAUCGUCGGCGGGCUGGACGUCAGCCCCGGGGAGAUCCCGUGGCAGGUGGGGUUGAUCCACCGUCCCAGCGGUCUGCUGUUCUGCGGGGGCUCCAUCCUCAGCGAGCUGUGGGUCAUCACUGCCGCCCACUGCCUGGUGGAGGGCGGCCAGGACUUCUUCGUCAGGGCAGGGGAGCACAACAUUGACAUUGAGGAGGGCAGUGAGCAGGACCUGGAGGUGCGGGAGGAGUUCUUCCACCCCCGCUACAACGCCACCGUCAGCCUGUACAACCACGACAUCGCCCUGCUCCGCCUGCAGAGCUCCAUCCGCUUCUCCCCCAUGGUGGUGCCCAUCUGCCUGGGGCCCAAGGCCUUCGCGGAGACCCUGGUGAAGGAUUGCUCCCCCGGCACAGUCAGCGGCUGGGGCCGGCUACGCUUCCAGGGGGCCACGUCCUCCACCCUGAAGAAGGUGGAGCUGCCCUUCACGGAGCGGGCCGACUGCAAGGACAGCAGCUCGUCCAGGAUCACGCGCUACAUGUUCUGCGCCGGCUACGAAGACAAGGCCAAGGACUCCUGCCAGGGCGACAGCGGUGGGCCGCACACCAACCGCUACCACGACACCUGGUUCCUGACGGGCAUCGUGAGCUGGGGCGAGGAGUGCGCCAUGAAGGGGAAGUACGGCGUGUACACCCGCGUGUCCCACUAUUACCGCUGGAUACGCAGGGUCAUGAAGACCCACACCCGCAUGCUGGACCUGGGGCCGGACGAAACGGACGAGCCGGACCCCUGACUGAACUCACCCCCCUGGGUGUUUUAGGUAGGAGGCGACAAGACCGCAGAGGGAACCGAAAGAAACAUGUCCUUGCUUAAUGCAGUUUGGCAAUUGGUUUAAACAUUCAAAAGUCGUUACUUUUUAUUUUGGUAGACAUACACAGCAGUUGUCAAUCAUUAAUAAAGGGGAUUGCUUACUAUAUAUUUUGUAGAUUGUGAUUGAUUUUAGAAGAUAAUGUAGAAAUGCAUGAUUGGGUUAGAAACACCCUAUAGAAAUUGCAGGUUAAAUUCGCAAAAAGUGCACGUUUUACCACAAAUUUUCCCAUUCUGUCUAUCCAGUAUGUGUCGAUUAUUUUAGACAUCCUGGAUGUAUAAUAGGUUUCAUACAAAAUGUAUCUUCAGUAGUUCAACAGCGUUCAUAUUGUCAUGUUGUAGCAAUACUGCCAUCUGCUGGCCGCAUAAUGCUUUACGACAUGUCAUCUGUAAAGGAGAGAAAUAAUAAAGGUCCCCUAUUUUACAUCCAGGUGUGAUCUUGAUUAGCCACUUCAAGCCAUUUCACAAUCUAAGCUCUAGUGACAUCACACGUGAGAGGUCCACCCAGAUGUACAGAUAGCCUACCUGUUGGUCGAUCUAUCCAUCAUAUCUGGGUGUUAGAGUGCAGUCUAGGGGAUAGCUUUUAAUGGCUAAUCUGCCUCACACCUGGGGGUAAAAUAGGGGCCUUUAAGACUUUGAACAGGACUACAUUAUCAGCCAAUUCCCCUAAACCUCAGUUCGAUAAAUCAGAACACAAAAAAAGAAACAUUUGGAAAUUUGUGUUGGAAAUUUGGCCUGAAAUAUCUAGAUAUUAAAAUAUGACAUAAGUAUUCCAUUCAUCUUUUUUAAUUUAUUUUUGCAGGUCUGAUUCUUCUUAGAUUAGAGCCUAUCUGUGCAGGCCAUGGGUGGUAUGACGAGAUCAUGUGAACACAUGUCACAAUGCAGCCAAUCUAAAUAAUAGUACAUGAGAACAUAAAAGAUGUUUCAUUCAAGAUAAAUGAGGUUUGGAUUGUCGAAACCAGCCAUGAAAAUAAAAACGGCACAGCUUUUUUAAUAAAUACUUUCCUUUCUGUUCA